AUGACUGGGCACAUGCAUCUCGCUAUUGUCCUCAUUCCCCCUCUGCUGAUUCUCCACCUGCCUCUCCGUCCCCCACUCGUCUCCCCUCCAGAGUUCUCCGACGCGUUUCGGGAGCUGUCCUCGUUUGUGGCGGGCGCGUUUGGCGCUAUAGAGGACGGGAACGUGGGCGAGGUGUUUCAGCAUGUAGCUGUGGUAGAGGACCGCAUUGGGCAGCUCUUCCAUUACUACGUACGUGCGCACACACACACAUGCAUGCAUGCGCCUCCUAUGCGCACAUGCGACUUUCACACCCGUCUCAAGUCAAGCAUCGCACGGGGUGUGUUUCAGAACGUGGAUGUGGUGGAGGGCCGCAUUGGGCAGCUCUUCCAUUACUAUCAUGUGGCUGUGGUGGAGGACCGCGUUGGACAGCUCUUCCAUUACUAUGUACGUGUGCAGUGGGCUCUGCACACAACGCAUGCAUGCAUGCGGAUUUCAUACGCGCCUCUAGCAGUCCCAGUUGCCCGAAAUAGCUCCUUCACUGCUACGUGCGUCUCCUCUCCUCUCCCCCUCUCCCCCUCUCGGCUCGUUCACUAUUACGUGCUGUCUGUACUUGGUUGGUUGGUUGCCGUGGAGUCACUUAUAGUAGCAGCCUCAGGCCUUCCAGUGUGGAGUGCUGCUGAGACGGUGUUUUUAUCUGCUGAGCGCUGCUGCCUCAAAGCCAUGCAUCUAGCACAGGCCAUAGCAGAGCCAACGGAGUCCCUGCUUGUGGAAAUCAACCAAGUGGAGGUGCGUGCCUGCCUACAUGAUCUUUCUCUUUGGAUUGCAAAUAAGAAUGUUGAGUUGGAAAUCUACCAUCUGCGCCCACCAGGCCAUAGCAGAGCCUACGGAGUCCCUGCUCGUGGAAAUUCACCAAGUGGAGGAGACAAGAAAGCUGUACGAGGCAAAGAGGUUCACUCCCUCCCUUUCCAUUCCCACUCCGCGCUCCCACAUUCUUCCCUCGUCUUCUCUCCCCUGCCUUCGCGCACUUAUGCGGAGGCCAGAGCAUCAGCGCGCACCCACGAAUCUGGAGGUGCCUCAAAACCAUCUCUCUUCGAACCCCCCCUCCUGUCGGCUCCCGUCACACGUGUCCCUUGCAGGCGCACUUAUGCGGAGGCCAGAGCAGCAGCGCGCACCCAUGUACCAUCCCCUGCCACCGCACGCAUUGGAUGCUCUGGGGGCGGGGGCGGGGGAGCGGGAGGGGGAGGCGGAGGGGGCGGGGGCGGAGCUAGUUCCGCAUCUGCAGCAGCAGCAGGCGGAGCAGGAGGGGGAGGAAGGCCGGCGGCAGUGGCAGGAGCAGCACCAGUUGGCGAGACAGACUGGGAGGGAGGGGCAACGCGUGGCAGAGGCAGACGGGAGUUUGAGGAAGGCGAGAGGGAGGAAGACGAGGAAGAGGAGGGGAUGGGCGACGAGGAGCGAGCAGCCAAGGAGGAAUUCGACGAAGUGGCCAUGACCCUCGGGUGCAGGAUACUCGCCUUAGAGCAGCGGCGACCCAGGGCGUUGCUUUCCCAGGUGGUGAGGCAUCACGUGGCAAAGAGCCGGCUGCUGAGGCGGUCGCAGCUGCAGCUAGGGCAGCUGGAUGGGAUGAUGGGGUAUCUGGUGGAGGAGCUGGGGAUGGGGGGUCAGCAGCAGGUGCAUCAGCAAGGGCAGCAGCUGCAGCAGCAACAGCAUAAGGCGGCUGUAAGGCAGCAGGGGCAGCAGCAGCAGCAGCAGCAGAUGCUGCCACAGCAGAUGCUGCCACAGCAGGCAAGGAAACGGGUGCACCCUGGCUUUCCCCGAAGCAAGUCCUCUGAUAGCCCCCACAGCAGCAGCACUGUAACCGCUGCUGCUGGUGGUAACCAGAGCUCGGGUCAGAGCUCGGGUGCGGCUCCCCAGCCUCAACAGCUGCAGCACCGACAGCCACAGCAGCAGCAGCAGCAGCAAGUGACGCAGCAGCACCAGCAACAACAACAAGCGAAACAGCAGCAUCUGCAGCAGCAGCAGCAGCAGCAGCAGCAGCAGCAGCAGCAACAGCUUUUUCAGGGGCAGCAGCAGAGGGGGCAGCAGAUGCAUAUCGGGAGAGCAAACGCACACUUGCAAAGGCCAAUCCCCUCACCGUCUGCCCUCCCUAGCGCUGCCUCUGCUGCCGCCCACGCUCCUACUGCUUCUGCUGCUGUUGCUACAGCGACCGUUCCUGCGGCAGCAGCGGCAGCAGCAGCAGCAGCAGCAGCAGCAGCAGCAGCAGCACCUGGAGCAACUAUGGGUUCUGCUACUGCUGCGCCUGGCGCCACUCCCUCCCCUGCACUCGCUGGUGCUGCUGCUGCCACUCCCACUCCCCCAGCACCUCCACCUGCUGCUGCUGUGCUCCAAACACCUGUGCUUUCAGCUGCAGUGGCUGCAGCAGCAGCGGGGGGUGGGGGUGGGUUGAGGGGGAGAGCAGCACACGUGGGUCCCUUUGCCAUGCAAAUGUCUGGUCCACUGCCGCGCCCUUCUGCUGUUGAGCAGGCUGUAGCAGGAGGUGCUGCUGCUGCCUCUGCUUCUGCUACAGCCACUUCUGGUGCUACAGCUUCUCCCAGUCCUGCAGGCAGUGGAGGUGGUUCGGCGGGUGGUUUGGCAGGUGGUUUGGCAGGUGGUUCGGCAGGUGGUUCGGCAGGUGGUUCGGCAGGUGGAGCAGGUGGAAGUGGGGCCGGGCGGUUCAGCUUUGGCUCAACUGGCAGGGAAGUCCCUGCAGGUGGGUUGGCAGGAGGUCCUUCAGGUGGUUUGGCAGGGGGCUUCACAGCACCUGCCUUCUCAUCCAGUUUCCAGCAGGCAUAUGUUCUAGGAGCGGUACCCUCCCAGCCUCCUAUGCCCUCCCAAUCACCCAUGCCCUCUCAACCUGCUACGACCCUCACAGCUGCUCCUGUGUCUGGGUAUGCCUACGCUGGGGCAGCAGCAGGGGGAGCAGUGGGCGGCGGGGCAGGGUAUGGGAUAGAGCUUCAGCCUACCUGGCAGGCUGGUGUGUCUGGAGCAGGUAUGAGGCCAACAGGGGCGGCAGCGGCAGCAGGGGCAACAGGCCUAGCAGUCCCGGGAGCAGUUACGAUGGGGCCUUCAACAGGAGUUGCAAUGGGCGUUCAAACGGGAGGCCUGGGUGUGGGUCAGAGCUACCCGUCCCACCCAGCUUACGGUUUCAACACCAGCCCGAGUGGCGGAUUAGGGUUUGGGAGCAGUAGCAGCGGAUUAGGGUUUGGCGCCUCGCCUGUUUUCCAGGGCGGUUUACCCAGCAAAGCCCUGAGUGGACCCAUAGCCCGCAGCUCGUUCUACGGAGGCGGUGGUUUUCUCUCCUCAGCUGGCAAUCCAGGCCUUACCGGUGCUGGUGGCAGCGGUAGCAGCAGCGGCAGCGGCGGCGGCGGCGGCAGCGGCGGGUUCAGCAGCAGCGGCACAGGGCACAUGCGGGGAGAGAGGCUGAUAAAAUCCGGUCCAAUCGGCCCGAGUAACAGCUACUAUGCUGCAAUGGCCGCUCCUGCUCUCUCCCCACCCAAGGUCACAGAGUUAUACGCCCUCCCGCCUCCGCCUCUGGAGCUGAAUUCGUCUCCUAGUGGAGUAGUUUCAGGGGGUGGUGGGGGUGCUGCUGGUGGUGGUGUGGGUGGCGGUGGGAGUGAGGGGAAAGCGGUGCUACGCUCCCCUGGAGCGAAGGAGGGUUCGUCUGUAGGAGCAGUGGCUGGUGGUGGGGGCAGUGGUAGUGGCAGUGUGGGUGGGGCAGCAUCAGAUGUUCGGCAGGAGCAGCAGCAGCUACAGCAGCAGGGGGCACAGGCCCAGCAGAGUCAGCAGAGUCAACCGAGUCAACAGAAUCAGCAGAGCAGGCAGCAGCAGCAACAACCAUCACCGCAACCACCCUCACAACAACCACCCCAGCAGCAGCAGCAGCAGCAGCAGCAGCAGCAGCAGCAGCAGCAGCAGCACGCGCGGCCGCAGCUCCCCCCGCUACAGCCACAGCCACGGGUGCUGCCAGCCUGGCCUGUGCAGCCCAGGGGGGCGGGCAGGGGGGUGGGAUCACUGCGCCGCCCCAUGUUCCCCACCAUCAUGUCGGAGGGCAGUGAGGAGGGCGAGUCUGGAACAAGCAGCUUCACUGGCUCCCCGGUAAGAAGGGGUGGUGUGCGGUUGAAAGAGGUCAAUGAACUCCCUAGAGCUGCUGCUCCUGACGACCUCCUCACCUUUCGUUCCACCCAUGCCAAUCUUUUUCAUGCACCAAGCGUUCUCUGUUCCUUCCUCUCUUCCCCCGCCCCGCCCUCCUUUCCUUUCUGUUUUCUGCAGUCUCUGUGCUCCAAUGACAGCCCUAGAGCUGCUGCACCUGAGGACCUCACGCUUCCUCGCACCUACGCAACUGCCUCUUCGUCCUCUUCCUCUUCCGCCGCCCAAUCCUCCGCUCCCACUUCAACUCUUCAGCCCCGGCAGCAUCAUGGGAGUUCGGUCGAGCGAUCUCAACCGUCGGAUGCGGCGAGUUCAAGACGGCUGGAGAUCCAGCUGAGGCAGGCGUUUUCGAUGCCACGUCAGCAUCAUCUAGUGUCACCAGCUGAUGGCAUGUGCAGUCCGCAUUCGUCCAUGACGUCAUCGUCGUCCUCGCCUGUGCAUUCGCCACUGUUGCCAGCAGCCGCACAGUGA